UAUGAAACUCUUCGAUCAACACUCAUUUCUCAGCCAGAGACAUUGCUUGGAACAAAGUUUCGAGAUCAAAAUGAAUAUAUUAAAAAUUCAGUUAAUGGAAACGAAUAUUUUUUUGACCCGAAAACAUUUUCUUCAUUGGCAUCAGAAACUGCUAUAAAUGCAAUUUAUCGGUUCAUUUCAGCCCUUGAGCAAUUAAUCAUUAGUCAUUAUGUAAACUUUGGCAAUAAAAUUUCUUUAUUAGUUCAUAGAUGUAACUUAUCAGCUGAUAAUAAUUGCGAUCAAUUAAAAAUUCUGAACCAAAUUGAAGGAAUUGCUUUUAUUGUUCUAUAUAAUAUGGAAAAGCGGAUUGAAAAGCAUCUAGUUGAAACUUUUUCUGAAUUAGAAUUAAAAUGGAAAUGUCAUUAUAAUAGUUUUGAUGAAUUCUUCAAGGUUGAGAUUACUUUUUCCUCUCCGAUUGAAAAGUUAUUAAAAUUUGAAAAUGAUCAAGCUCACAUCACAUUUACCAAAACUCCAAUAAACACAUCAAAUGAAAAGAUUAUAUUAAAUGUUGGGGAAACUUUACUUGGAACAAUGUUUCAAGAUCGAAAUAAAUGUAUGAGACAUCCAAUUAAUGGAAAUGAAUAUUUUUUUGAUCGUAAUAGCGAGGCAUUUUAUUAUAUAAUGGAAUUCUAUCGAACUGGAAAACUUACUUUGCCCAAUGAAUCUAAUAAAGUUACUUGUAAACAACUCGAAGAAGAACUUGACUACUUUCAAAUUCCUUUUAACAAAUCGACAUUACUUUGUUCAUCGGCUUUAGAGACUGUUAGAAACAAUGUUAAAAGAAUCAUUUUGGAAUUUGAAGAAUUGAUCAUUCGUUGUUGUGAUUGUCUUAGAAAUAAUAUUAAAUUAGAAAUUAGACGUGAUAGUAUUAGUAUAUAUAAUGACUAUGGAUAUUAUUUUCGUGAUUUAGAAGAUUUAAAAAUUUUUAGCUCAUAUAAUUUUAAAAGCUUUAAUACUUAUUCUACUUUAGAUAAAAUAGAAAAACAAAUUGGUGGUCAUUUGGUUAAAAUAUUUUCAGAUUUAGGGCUAAAAUGGGAAUUCAGUCGUGAUCUAAAUUAUAGCCAUCUUAAAAUCAAUAUUUCUUUUUCAUUUGAAAAUGUUUACAGAAAUUUUUAA